AUGCACUUUAAUCCAAGCCGCGCUUCUCGGAAAGGUAUUUUACCCCGGUCCGUGUCCUACCUUGCCCCAUGUUCCCCAUAUACGUACUUAACACCAUCGUUGGUGACAGGUUCGGAAACAUACUCGGAGGACAUCGCACACUCCCAGUCAUCUGCAGAACAGAACUCGACAUGCGCUGUCAACCCAUCUUCUGUUGAUGAUCUUUCGACAAUUAUCAAGAUAAUCGGACGUGACGAUAUCCGUGCACCCUUUGCUAUCAAAGGCGGAGGACAUGCAUUUAACAAGGGGUUCAGCUCGACCGCCGGCGUCCAAAUAGCGAUGGCGAACUUCACUUCAGUCAUCUACAACGAAACAGCUGGGACAGUGUAUGUUGGAAGUGGCCAUACGUGGGACCAGGUAUACGCGAUUCUUGAAAAGGACAAUGUCACAGUUACUGGUGGCCGAGUGCCCGGUGUCGGUGUUGGUCUUGUUCUCUUAGGCGGGUAUAGUUGGUUCGCAAAUCAAUACGGGCUAGGCGUGGAUAACGUCGUUUCUUUCGACCUAGUCCUGCCAAAUGGGACGUUUGUAACUGUUAGUGACACAAACCACCCAGAACUUCUUUUUGGCUUGAGAGGGGGGUCGAAUAACUUCGGAAUUGUCAGUGGGCUUACAUUGCAUGCUCAUCCGUUGGGGGCUGUCUGGGGUGGACCAAUAACUUAUGCUCCUUCAGACGCGAUCUCCCAAGCACUGUCAGACUUCAGCUUGUACAACACCGAUAGGAAGGCCCAGAUUGUUGCGAACUAUAUUCAGAGCGGCCCUGACCAGGCCAUCUGGGAAAUACUCCUGUUCUAUGAUGGAGGCUUUCAACCAGCUGUAUAUCAACCAUUCCUCGAUAUUCCAGCGCUCUCAUCAAACGUUAGCGUCCGCACGCUCACAGACUUAGUGGGGACCAACAAUCCUGUCACAACGAAACUAGGAGGUUUCUCAAACACACUCCCAAUCUCCAACUACACCCUCCCCAUAAUUGCCGAAAUCCAACACCAAAUCAACGUAACCUACCACCGAGCGCUCAUCGCCAACCGCUCCGUUCUCGCCGUCCAAGCCGCCUUGGAGCCCUUCGUCGGCGCAUUCGACUUUGAGACACCCUCCGCAUACCCCCAUCCUUCCAGCAGUGAAGCCACGCAUUUCACUGCAUUCAUCUCCUUUUCCGGUUUAGAUGACGCCGAGUACGUUCAUCAGGCAUUACGCGAUCUGUCACGUGCCGUGCAAGGGUUUGCUGUUGGGCAGGGUAGGAGUCAAUGGGAUGAUACCCGAUCCCUUAACUUUGCACUUGAUGGUACGCCUGUGGAGCUGUUGUAUGGAGAGAAUUUGCCGAAGUUGAGGCGGAUUAAGAGGGAGGUGGAUCCGGAGGAUGUUAUGGGGCUCACGGGUGGUUUCAAAUUCUGA